AUGGGGUCGUCUGAGCCCGAGCUCGGUCUCGAUCCCAAUGCCAGCACGCCCAACGAUGAACUUCCCCGAUCCUUAGGCUCUGGCGAAGAGUCGGCCACUUCUCCUGUUCAUGAAGAGCCUGUGCAGGACGGUUCUGGCAUUCUCCCUCGAGACCAGCAGCAGAAAACGCCCACUUAUGACUAUGCCUACGAAAAGUCCAUGAGUCACGCCGAGGCGAAACUCUUCUAUCAGCACCACCAACAAGCCUCCAAAAGCGGCGAGAACCCGGGCCUCAUUAGUCCAGUACUGGCAAGCCGGUCGAUGACUGAUCCGUCUGAAGACAGAACUACGGGUGCGGAGGCUCGCCCGUGGGGAAGUUCUUCGGUGCACGAGUCGGAAUGGUAUACAGGUUCGCAUUCCGGUGCCGAUGGCACACCGCAGAUUAGCAGUGCCCAGGUCGCCGCAGACUACGCGGCUCGAAACCAUGCCGUUUCACUCAGCGUGGCUUAUGCUCAAGAUCCGUACGCAUCAGCUGCAGAGAGUCUCCAAGAAACUGGCCUGGGCAUCGGUAUGUCCCAAGGUGUAAAUGGAACAGCACCAGGUGGAGAUGCCGUCACCUCCGAGUUGAAGGCCAUCUAUCGCAAGAUCAAAGGUCUCCUGGACCGUCGGUCCAAAUAUAUGGAGCUGUCCCUCCAGCGAUCUGGUGAUGACCCCAGAGAUCAGCCUGAGUGGGUUGUAUAUCCACCACCUCCAGAGCCCGCUUGGGAUGAUGGCAAGGAAUAUAAACCUGGGUCUGUUGGAGGCCCUGCAGACCUAACAGGAAAGAGGAGAAAGAUGGGCGAAGACAUCGGCGAGGACUUCGAUCUAGAAGAGCUGAUGCCUGUCCCCGGAGAGUCCUCUUAUACAUAUCGCUUGGACCGUAACAGCGUUUAUCAGGUCUACGAAUCGGAUGAAGCUGCAGAUAAGCAAGAGCCUACUGUCCAUAUUCCGACAUUGCGCGAGUUCUACAUGGAUUUGGAUGCCGUGGUAGAUGUCUCAACCGAUGGACCGGCCAAGAGUUUUGCCUUCAAGCGUCUCUCGUACCUGGAGGGGAAAUUCCAGCUAUACACGCUUCUGAACGAAUAUCAGGAAAUCGCUGACAGCAAGAAAGUUCCCCAUCGUGAUUUUUACAACGUUCGAAAGGUGGACACCCACGUUCACCACUCGGCGUGCAUGAACCAAAAGCAUCUGCUCCGGUUUAUCAAAAGCAAGAUGAGAAAGUCGCCAGAUGAAGUAGUCUUGUUCCGUGACGGCAAGCACCUCACCCUGCGUGAGGUCUUUGAAAGUAUCAAUUUGACUGCCUAUGAUCUCAGUAUCGAUACCUUGGAUAUGCAUGCUCACACCGAUUCAUUCCAUCGAUUUGACAAGUUUAAUCUAAAGUAUAACCCGGUUGGGGAGUCUCGACUUCGUGAAAUCUUCUUGAAGACGGACAACUACAUCAAAGGUCGCUACCUGGCUGAGAUUACCAAAGAAGUGAUUUCGGACUUGGAAUCAAGCAAAUACCAAAUGGUCGAAUGGCGUAUCUCUAUUUAUGGACGGUCCAUUCAAGAGUGGGACAAAUUGGCUGCCUGGGUGGUCGAUAAUAAGCUAUUCUCUCCCAACGUCCGCUGGCUGAUCCAGGUGCCUCGUCUCUACGAUGUCUACAAAUCAAGCGGCAUGAUGGAGAAUUUUGAACAGGUCAUCACCAAUGUCUUCCAGCCGCUGUUUGAAGUGACAAAGGACCCGUCAAGCCACCCCAAGCUACACGUUUUCCUACAGCGCGUGGUAGGAUUUGACAGCGUCGAUGAUGAAAGCAAGACCGAGCGUCGCUUCUACAGGAAAUACCCCAUUCCGCGAGAAUGGGAUACCAAACAGAACCCGCCAUACAGCUAUUGGAUCUACUUCAUGUUUGCCAAUAUUGCAUCUCUGAACAACUGGCGGAAGCGCCGAGGGUUCAACACAUUUGUUCUCCGACCACACUGUGGAGAGGCUGGCGAUCCGGAUCAUCUGGCUGUAGGCUUCCUCGGCUGCCACAGCAUCAGUCACGGUAUCUUGUUGCGUAAGGUUCCCCUGCUCCAGUAUCUGUACUAUUUGGAUCAGAUUGGCAUUGCAAUGUCGCCACUGAGUAACAAUGCGUUGUUCCUCACCUACGAUAAGAACCCCUGUGCCAGCUUCUUCAAACGAGGACUUAAUGUCUCCUUGUCGACCGAUGAUCCUCUUCAAUUCGCCUUCACGAAGGAGCCUCUGAUUGAGGAAUAUUCCGUCGCCGCCCAGAUCUACAAAUUCAGCGCUGUUGACAUGUGUGAAUUGGCCAAGCACUCUGUGGACCAGAGUGGAUUUGAGAUUGCACUCAAGAGACGAUGGCUUGGUUCCGACUGCAGUCUCCCUGGCGUCGCUGGUAAUAAUGUUGCCAAGAGCAACGUGCCAGAUAUCCGCGAGGCAUUUAGACACGAGACCCUCAUGGCAGAGUUGUCCUUGAUCGAGCGGUAUUCUGAAGGCCCAGGAGUCGAGGAACGCGGUGCAUUGGCCCCGGGGUUGCUGCACACAGCCAAGCAGGCGUCGGUGAAGCCCACUUCCCCCGAAUCCGUCCAGCCAGCAUCAUUCAAGCUCCCAGGUUAUCUCAGGGGUUCCGAUCUAGAGGCGCACAUGAGCGGUUCCAAUGCCGAUGUACAGGUUGUCUCGGACAUCCCAUUCGCCACGGUACUAUCGACACAGAAUAUCGCAUCACCUCGAAUUGCUGCGGGGGAGCUCUGUUCGUCUCCUAGUAGCACGAGUCUGCUUGGAGCAGACGUUACAGGUCCCGGUAAUCUCCCGGAGCAGAAGAUCUUUCCAGGAAUUGUUCAUGAAUCGGUUCGGAGGGAAAGUCUGCUUUCUCGGUCAUCUUUGGAGUCUCAUGGUCAUUGA